AUGGAGGCGAGGUCAUUGAGUGCCCUCAACAGACUCGCGGCGAACCCGCCACAGUAUCCGGAGAAGCCACUGAAUGACAGAAAGGACCCCCUCACGCUUUAUUUUUCCAGAGUGCCCGGAACGAGAGAUGUUAUUCUUUCGCCCUUCAGGCCUCAGGAGAAAAACGUCACGGGCCAAGACGUCAACUCGUCCUUGUACUAUGCUCACCUGAUGCUGCCAGAAGACUUGGCCGCCCCAGGGGAUGAAAACACAUGGCUCUCGAGCCCAGAAAGCGCCACUUUACCCCUGUCAAUACCACGAAAACCUGUCCCCGACGCUGCCCGUCCCUCGACGCCCGAAAGCUUACCGAGUCCGUGUCCCCAGAUUCAACAUCAAACUCCAGCCGCCCCUUCGGACCCCACUCCAUCUCGGAGCAACUUGCCCGUUGGCCACGAUGGGGCUCCCGUAGGAAAUCGUCCUCGCCCUCAAACACCUGAAGCUCUUGCGCUGCGAACAAGCCCUGUCGUGCUAGACAGCCCCUUGGACGCAAACGAAGCCCCUGAACGAAUUUCUGCUGGGUUGCAAACAAAAAUGCCCGCCAGGAAGCCCCUCGGCCCCCGAGCGAUGGCGGCGUCUGCCGCUGCGCAUGUACCCGGUGCUGGCUCGCCGACAGAUGUCGACCAGGUCUCCUUCCCAGGCAAUCUUGGCAUGCCAAUAGGAGAGGCCGUCGGGUCAAACGAUCAGAUCAAACAAAUGCCACUCGCUUCGCCAACAAGACUUGAAGGCAGCCGUACGCAAAGUAUUCCAAUCCGACGAAAGCCUGUAUACCAAACGCUUAGCCGAUCUCCGUCUCCCCGGAAACACAGCAUAGUUUCCAUCAAUGGAACUGGCACGCCAUUUACCCUGGUCCUCAUCCGGCGAGACCCCAGCUCCGGACUGCAGUGGAACGUCGGCAGGGUUUCUUCACGGCAAGUCGACCCAGCUGAGGACGGAUCCGACCAAGCAGCUCAAACGGAUUCGACAUCCCCGCCGACGGCGAUGCCUUUCCCACGCCGCCACCCUCCGAUAGACAUUGAGCUGGAGAAUUCGGGCUAUGCCAAAUUCCGAUUCACAACGGUCAACAAGAGCUCCCGAACCGAAGGCAGCGUGGAAAAAGCUCUCCAGUCUUUGGCGCGUGAUGGUGCGAAGCAAGCUGUUGGCGUCUUCUCACGACAAGUGGCCAUGGAAUAUUCCAAAAGCUUCGCUACGAAUGUGCGAGAGACCAUGCACCGCAUCGGACAUGCGAGCCGCACGCGGAUCGAUCGCUAUCGCAGCGACAGCGUUGGGUCCACGCUAUCGAACACGAGUGACGUGCCCGAGACGGCCGAGAGCAUCGUGACGAGCGGCCCGCCCCCCGAAGGCAUGAAAGCCCGCGGAUACACGUUUGAGAGCCCAUGGAACGACAAGUGCGAGUUUCGAACGGGCAUGGCUGGUCGAAGCGUGAUUUGCAGGCGCGUCCGGCACGAAGCAGGCAGCAGCGCCCAGAAUCCCUUGGCAUCGGACCAGGGGGGGUUGCCCGGUUUAAGGGGGGAUUCCCAGCUCGUCAGCGAGCUGCGGUUCAACCUGCCGGGCGCGGACUUGUUCUCGGAGCACGCAAAGAAUUCCAAGGAGCAGUGGAAGGGCAACUUUGGCAAGCUGUUCAACAGCGUGCACUACGGCGACUGCGACGACAGGGACGAGGACGAGGACAAUGGCGGCGUCUCGCCUUUCAAGAUGAAUUUAGGGAGUGAGAAGGCCGGCGGCGGCAAUCGCGGCAAAAGAGCCAAGCUGGCCAAGCUGAUUAUUUACGACGACGGUUUGCAGAUGCUGGACCUGGUGGUGGCGGCGAAUAUCGGCAUGUGGUGGGGGGCAUGGGAGAAGACGUUUUAG